CACACACACGCGCGCGAGCUCACACUAUUUCUUUCGGUCUCUCUACCACUCUCUCUCUGGGAAAAACCCGAGCAAGAGGAGAGCUGCAGAAGGGGGGAGGAGGCGGACUCCUUCUUCUUCUUCUUCCGAUACAGCGGCGGCGGCGGCAGGAUAUUUAUAAAAAAAAAUAUUUUAAAAAAUUCACGCACCAACCCCCCGGUGCGGAGGAAGAGAAAAGCCACACGGAUGUGCCUCCGAAAGCGCAGCGGAUACCGCCCUCCGGACCUUAUUAAUGCCAAGAUUUACACUGGUCCGAUCCCGGCCGAGCGAGGGGGCGAGCUGGCCAUGGGGGGGGGUCGCAGCGAGACCUCAGCACUGAGCGGGACGGGAGGGGGGCGGGCCAUGACCACUACCCAGAAUUCCCAAAAGCCAAACGCCUGCUGCUUCUGCUGGUGCUGCUGCUGCAGCUGCUCAUGGAAUGAAGAGGAGAGACGGAGGAGGAGGAGGAGAUUAUCACAGGACACCAAGAUGGAAACCAUACAAAACUGUGAAUCUUGCACCAAACCCUCAAUGGAAGAGAUCCGGCUGUGGUCUCAGUCCUUCGACAAGCUGAUGAGGAACCCAGCGGGUCGAAAUGUUUUCCGGGAGUUCCUGCGGACAGAGUACAGCGAGGACAACAUGCUGUUCUGGCUGGCCUGCGAAGACCUCAAGCAGGAGAUCGACAAGAACGACAUCGAGGAGAAAGCCCGAUCCAUCUACGAGGACUACAUUUCCAUACUGUCACCGAAAGAGGUGAGCCUGGAUGCCCGGGUUCGAGAGAUGAUCAACAGAAAGAGGCAGAACCCGACGCCUCACGUGUUCGAAGACGCCCAGCUACAGAUCUACACGCUGAUGCACAGGGACUCCUACCCACGAUUCCUCUCCUCCAGCAUCUACAGGUCGCUCGUUCAAGGCGGGUCACGUACCUCCUCCGAGUCCUAGUCCCGCCUCCUCAUUUUCGUCUCUCCCGAUCCAGAGCUUACAGCAUGGAUGCCAGAUCAUUUCAUCGCUUCUCUCGCACACUCCUCCCAGUACGAAACUUUUUCCAAAAAAGAUCAGACGACUCCACGGUCCAUUUCCAGGAAUCCCAGAUCUCUCCGAUUACUGCCAAGACUUUUUUUCACUUCUUGUUUAUUCCUCAAUAACGUUUAGUCCCGUUGCCAAUAACCCCUUCUCUCCUUCCUUCUCCAGUUUGUUCUCAUAGAAUAUUUUUUUUUACACUCUUUCUUUACUCCGUUCCUUUCUCCGUCCCUUCCCAUUUUCCAGUCGUAUUGCAAUAAUAUAAAAGAAAAACCACAAUAGAGAUAAUGCAAUCCUAAAUUCAAUUGAUAAAUACUUUAAAAUGUAAAAAAUGUUUGCAUGAAACCAAAUCUGAAAUAGUGUCCAGACUUGAUUAACAGCAUUUUAAUGAAUCAAAUAUCUUAGGUCAAUACUGAUAUUGAAAUAAAACAAAUCUGAUAAUGCAUAUAUUAUAUUUCUAAAUAAAAUGUAGAUAAAUACCAUAAUUCUUUCGCUUAUAAAACAUUGAUGUAAAACCCUUACAAAAUUAGAUAUAUCUGCUAAUGUUAAAUAACACUCAACGUAAACUGUUAUUAAUUAAGGGUCCCUUAAUCACUUAAUGAACUGGAAAAAUGGUUAAAACAUAACCGUUGUGUUGUCGUCACUUCCACUUACAUCGUUUUUUUUAACCUCUCAACCUAUUUUUCUAUCUAAGGACAUCUCCUCCCUCCUCAUUACCUCACCUUUUUCCUCUUUUUGACCUUCUAAACAGAGAAAAGAAGUAUUUAUUUGGGAUUUGUGGCGAUUCACAUGAUUACUUGGGAGACUUUAAUGCAUUUCAAUGGGAGAAAUACACACCUGUGCCAUCGAAGUGGAUUUUUACAUAUUAGCCCCGCCCUUCAUGUCGUCCAAUCACCUUUAAGAGCCGGUUAAAGGUGAAUAUCCCUGACAUCCGCCCGCCUCAUCACCUUGUUUUUCCACCUGUGGUUUCGAGAAAGUCGACAGAGAAAGAUGGAUCUCAUUCCUUCUCUUUCUCUCCUUUCAACUGGAAAACACAGGGCGCUCCCUCCAACCCCUGCGACAAACCACAACGAAAAAAGUGCGUUUCUUGUUUGCUGUUUAUUUAUCCACUCGUCUGCUGGCUCAAUCAUUUCACUCCUGUGAUAAACAAAAAGGACAAAUGGAUGGAUGUCAAUUCCCUCCGACUACUGAUUUACAAACAGACAAGACGUCUAUUUUUUAAGAGAAAACUAUACGGAACAUUUCAAUUUUGUUGACUUUUCUUUUUGUUUCUUGAAUUUUCCCACUCUCACCCCUUCCUGGAUUUUUUUGCAAAAAGAGGGGAAAAAAAUCCUCUUAGAGUGUACUGAUCCCCCACCCGACCCAACAUCACAGACACAAACACACACACACACACACAGGUGCAAUAAACACUGGAGUUUGGAAAAAAACACACACAUUUACACGGUUAGUGUUACUAUAUUUCAGAGGAUCUUUACCUCGUCUUGCUAAAUUCAAACCCUCAGCAUGAUAUGAACAAGUCUACCAAAGUAACCGUUAUCAUGUAAUAUUUCACAAUCCACUCCGACCCAUUCAGCUAUAAAGAAGAACUGCACCCUACAAAGUCUGUUACUGUUGAAAUACAAUCAUGUAAUCAUAUUGAGUGCAAGGCUAUGAGUUUUUUUUUAAUGGUUAGGCUUUAAAUAAUAGAGAGGAGUAAAUAAGGCAGAAUCAAUUCAAUGUACACUAUUAAUUGAUCUUCUCAACAAACGAUUCUUAAAUGUGAAAAUUGGAUGCUUUUUGGUAUUUUUAAUGACUUUUAAAUAGAUGUUCUCUGCCAUUCGGCUUGAUGAAACAAAUUUGGAAAAUAUGUUGGUGUUUGGAUCGCUAAUGUGCUGUUUUAUUGGUCAGAAAGGAUGAUAAAAGAUCAAAUGUCCUCUCUAAAGGUCCUAAAAUGUUUAGUAAAGUUAUCCUUUAAGUAUAGUAAUACAAAACACACACACACACACACACACACACACACACACACACACACACACACACACACACACCAGGGUGGCCUACCUGGGCACUGCUGCUGCUGACCUCUGCCUCUGUGACCUCUCACCUUGACCUCACCACUGUCUGUCCCACUCGGACGCCUGCUCCUGAUUGGCUGCAGGAGGCUGUAGGGCUGAACUGUGGUUGGUCAAUUCAGGAAGGGGGGUGGGAGGAAUUCCCAGGUGCAAAAAAGUAUAAAUAUAUAUAGAUAUAUUAUUGAGAAACAACUAAUAAAAAAAAAAAUUGAGAAAAAAAACAUGUUAUGUAAGAUGGGAUGCUUACACCCAGUGCUUCAUGGGAAAUGUAGUUUGAGGAAAAUGUUUGUAGUUUUCUGUGCAGGCAGAAACAACAGAUUUAAAAAAAGAGAUGCCUAGAUCUUAACCAGACCGGUGACUCAGAAUGCAUUUAUCUUAGUAUUGUUAAUGUUAUUUAUUUUAUAUUUUGUUAAAACUGUGAUUUUAAUUGUACAUAUAUAAACGGAAACCCUUGAACAUCCA